AUGCUGGCUGCUAUGGAUUCUGUACGGCACUUGUACCGACAGCCAGGCUCAGAGCAUGAUCCUGGGAGGAUGGAGGGGCAUGGGGAGGGGAUGGAUGGGCAGGAGGGGCGUGGUGUGGAGGGGAGGGCAGACGGGGAGGAGGGAGGGAGCGGGAGUGAGCGGGGGGAGAGGCGAGGGGCGAGGGAGGGGCAGAGGAGGUGGGCAGGGAGGGUGUCACCGAGGGAGAGGUGGAGGAAGGCGGUGGGGCUGGUGGUGGAGAGCCUGCGAGCCCAGGCUGCUGCGGCUGCCCUCGCUGCUGCCGCCCGCUCCCAACGGAACCUUGCCCUGCUGCCUGCUGCUUCUGCUGGGGGUGCUGCAAGCAGGGAGGCUUCUGGUGUUGUGGGCAGGGAUGGUGGUGCUCUAGGCGAGAGGGAAGCAGGUGGUCGAGGCGGUUCAGAGCACAAGGGAGGGAAGGGUGUGAAGGAAGAAGUGAUGGGGGGUCAGGAGAAGGCAGGUGAAGAGGGGCGAGGGCCAUCAGUGAGGCAUGUGCAUUGGGGAGGGGAGGAGGGGUUGAGAGGGAGGGUGGGUCCAAGCGUGGGUGAUGAUGGUGGUGAAGGUGCGGAGGGGGACCUGCUAGUGGUGAGGGAGGUUGCACGCGAGGGAGAGGAGCGGGAGCAGGCGUGA